UUGACUUGUUUGAAUUUCCUUCUUCUCUUGUUAACAGACACCAUCUUGGUUAGAAGACAUGAUUGUUCAUCAGACAUGGCGUUCCAUGUUUUACAAGCUGGCUGAGCACUAUCCAGACUGUCUGAUGCUCAAUUUUACUAUUAAGUUAAUUUCAGAUGCAGGAUAUCAAGGAGAGAUCACCAGUGUGUCAACAGCAUGCCAUCAAAUUGAGGUGUUUUCUCGAGUGUUCAAAACUUCAGCUUCUGCCUUUCUAGAAGAAGGGGAACAAACUAUUGACAACAACCUGCCAGAAUUUUCUAGGAUGGUUUGUUUUGGACAGCACACUUACCUGUAUGCACAGUGUUUAUUAAAUCACAUCGCUCAAGAGACAGAUGGAGGAACUAAACUUAAGAGACUCAGUCAAGAACUUCAAAAGAAAGCAGUUGAAAGUGGACAUGAAGUAACAGAGAUCACACUGUCGCUGAAUGGUGCAGCAACUUAUCCUCGUGCAAGUGCUGCUCUUUCUUCCAUGCUUGGAAAAAAUUCCCUUAACCCAGGGGACAUCACAGUGCUAUACAAGCUGUUCAGUAGUUCCCAGGCUCCUCCUUGUGCCAUCAUCAGAGUGCCACAGUUUUUGGAACUUCUAUUGGAAGCUUUGUUCAAACCUGGUCAACACUUAAAUCCAGAACACAAGUUUAAAUAUGUUUACCUGCUGGCAUAUGCUGCAUCUGUCCAUGAAACAUGGAUUGAAAAUGAACGAUCAAUGCUGAACAGAGAUGAGCUGAAAACAACUUCCCAGGCAAUAGAUAAGAUACACUUACUGUGUGUGCAGGAGACCAAGAAAGGCUCCCAGCUGUUAGCUGAAGUGGGUGUCCUGUUUCAAUGUAUAAGGUUUCCUGUUGUAGCCAUGGGUUUGCUAAAAUGGGUUGACUGCACUGUAUGUGAUCCAUCGUUUUUUAAGCUUCUCACAGACUCAACCCCAGUCCAUUUGGCUCUGUUAGAUGAAAUUAGUUCUUGCCAUGCUCUACAGCAUCGUCUGGUGCUUAACGUACUGAUCCGUUUGUUUGAGUCACCUACACCUCUAGACACUUUGGUGGAGCUUGAGUUUAAGAAAACAGUUCUGGAUCGAAUGAUUCAUCUUCUUAGCCGCGGAUAUGUGGUGCCAGUGAUCAGCUACAUCAACAGCUGUCUGGAAAAACAAAACACAGAUAACUCGCUGAUAAGACACUUCGUGACUGAGGUUUUAGAAAUGAUUGCUCCUCCGUACUCGACCGAGUUCGUCCAGCUUUUCCUUCCCAUCGUUCGUAACGAGGAGAUCACCGGGAGACUGCGCAAUGCUGACCACACUGAUGACGUGUCACUGUUUUUAGGUCACUGUGCUCAGCAGGCAGGGGUCUAGGGUACCAAGAUUUGCUACCGCUGGUGGAUAAAAACACACUGUAUUUUAGCAGCAAGCUUCAAAAUGACGGUGAACGACCGCGAAGGCCUGGAGUAACCGUGAACGACCGCGAAGGCGUGGAGUCAAACACUAAGCCUGAGUGGUGUGAGUUACAAGAGAAAUCGACAAACAGCAAUUUGAUUUUGUUUGUUUGUAAAAAGUACAAGGUGGAAGAAAUUGUUAUAUAAGAUGUAAAUAUUUUACACUGUUUAUUUGCAUUGCGGUCAUCGAUGUUGCCUUUUCUCCGAGAAGGAACUUAUUCCGGCAGUAUUCAUAUGAUGGGGAAAAAAACAAAGCGAGGUGAACAAUAAAGAAUUUUUUUCAGA